AUGCAUCCUUCUAAAGAAGAAGAACACGGGGAAUCCAACAACGGCUCUGGAAAGACGAAAUCCAAGAUUUCACCUUCCAUAGAUAAAGCACUGACAUAUUCAAAACGCGGAAGACCACGAAAAACAAAGCCUACCAAGUUCGUAAUUAACCAGACAGCCAAUACCCCAUUAACACCCCGAAGAUCUAAAAGAAUAAAGCAUGUGGCAGAUAAAAAUGCCAACAAUGUGCCUGAAGGAUCUUCAUCUGAGGAAUUAUUGAAGGGACGUACUGCAGAGAGUUCCCUAGUAGAUGGCAAAGAAGCCUCUUCAGAAAUCGACGCUUUAGUAAUCUACAAAAGAAAAAGACUACCUCGAAGGAGGUCUCAUGGUCAAACAAGCAAGACCCCAAAGAAAGCUGCUCCCACAGAGCUUCAAACUGCUGCAAUUUCAUCCUCUACUACUGCAUUACCCCCACAUCCUGAUCGUCCUGCAGCUGCUCCAGUCAAUGUCGAUGCUCCUCAUAUUGAAAAUUCAAAUACUACCGAGCCAGUAUUCAGUAAAAGCCUUGUCGAAGAGGUGAAGAAGGUUAACCCUGCCCCAGCCAAUGCUCAAGAGCAGGUUGCUUCCAGCAAGGGUCAAGCAUCUCCAGAUCAAGUUGACCCAAAGGCUGAUGAAGUCUCUAGUGGAAACACCCCACUCGAUCUAGAAGCCAUUAACAAAAUGAUCGAAGAUGAUCCUUUGAGUGCUAUUGAAAAUAUACUGACAGGGAAGGUUUCCAUUUCUUCUAAAACUCCACAAUCUACCACUCAGUCAGAACCACCAACAGUUCAAAGCUCCCCUGCAGAUGUUCUGUCAAAAGAGCUAAAAGACUUGAUGCAGACCUUCAGCUUAGGUGAUUUUGUUACAGACUUUGAACAAUUGUCAAAGGUCCUACUUAUUCUUGAAGAGUUGCAGAAGAAUGAGAAUUUACUUUCUCUUGCCCAACAAACAUUCAUAAAGACCUUUAGACUCUUCUUCAACAGUGCUGUUACUCACCACAAAGAAUGUGAUACAGUUGGAAUAAAGAAAGCUGAGUUGAACCGAGCUAAAGAAGAUAUCCUUCACAAACUGCAAGAAACUAAACAUGCACAAGAGCAAAUCACAACGUCGAUUUCAAAUGCCAACAACAGGGUCAAUGAAAUAUCUUCUUGUAUUGAACAACUUGAAGAACAGUUAUCCAAACUGAAAGAAGAAAAGGAGACUUUUCAGUUGUCUAUUGAUGAAGGUGAGAAACAAAGGGAGACAUUAAAGAACGAUUGCAUCUUAUGGGCUCACCAGGCUAAAGACCUGGUUUUUGAUCUUGCAGAGAUUGAGGCCAAAGAAAAAGCCCUUGGACAGCAAGUUGAAGCAGACAAAGAUGCUUAUGACCAAUUUAAAGCAUCCUUUCCUUUUUAA